AUGACUUCCAUCGACAAGAAGGUCGCACUGCGCUGGGGCAUUCUCGGCUGCGGCCGCACUUUCGUCAGCAACGUGAAGCCUCUGGAGACUGCCAUCUUCCACGCCUGCGCUGCUCGAUCACUGGACAAGGCCGAGGAAUUCGCCAAAAAGCACGGUAUCCCUAAUGCAUACGACUCGUACGAGGCGCUGUGCUCCGAUCCAGAGGUGGACGUGGUGUACAUCGGCACGAUCCACCCGACGCACUGCAAGCUUGCGACGCUGGCUUUGAAUCAUGGCAAGCACGUGUUGCUGGAGAAGCCCAUGGCCAUGAACGCGAAGGAGGCGGAAGCGGUCAUCACGCUGGCGCAGCAGAAGCAGCUCUUCUUCAUGGAGGGCAUGUGGGCGCGCUUCUUCCCCUCGAUCCGCUUCGUUCGUCAACUGCUCGACGACGGCGGGAUCGGAGACGUCCACCACGUGCACUCAGCCUUCGGCGUCCCGUUCAAAGCGGACAACGACCGCAUCUGGAAGAAGGAGCUGGGCGGUGGCGGAUUGCUGGACAUCGGCGUCUACGUGCUGGCGUCUGCCACGAUGGUGUUCGGGUUCGAGCCUGAGAAGGUGGCGGCCGCUGGGAAGCUCAGUGAUGAGGGUGUGGAUGUGUACAGCUCGAUCACGCUCGAGUACAGCGGCCAGCGCUUCGCCACGGUCGAGUACUCGACCCUGGCGCGGAUCAGUGAGACCGUGACCAUCACGGGGACCAAGGGCCGGAUCUUCAUCCACCCGCCAGCCCACGCGACGAUGGAGGUCUCAGUCGUCACGUACGACGCGAACGGGAAGGAGACGGAGAAGACUUCGCGGUUCCCGUGGCCGACGCCAACCGACCACCACUCGGGUUUCCUCUACGAGGCGCAGGCCGUCGCGGAGGCCAUCCAGAGCAACCGAACCGAGAGGAGCGAGUACUCGCACGCUGAGUCGCUCGGCAUCAUGAAGAUCAUGGACAAGGUCCGCCUCGACCUCGGACUCGCCUACUCCGCCGACGCUGCGCCGUAA